UGCAAUUUUUGACGGUCGAAGGAUUUCCUGUUUGCGAGUGUUGAGCAGUUUUCUAUGACGACUGUGGAUAGGCCACAACGCAGAUACUACUAUUCGUCGCUGACUGCCAACUACCCGUCUGUGGUGAUCGUAAGUGUCGUCGUUUUGCUGAUCGGUUGCGCACUUGGUUCCUUCUUUGGUGCAGAGCUGCCGACUUUUGAAGAGCCUGGAAAGGGAUUUGAGCCUCGUGGUACCGAGGUCAAGAAACGCGACCGAACAAUUACCAACAUUCGAAAUGCUACUACAAAGGGAAUACUACUGAACUGUGUUUACGGACCGACGUGUUCUACCAAUCAUAGCAAGUUGAAUCAGGCGGGAAACCAAGAUGUCGAGUCUUCGAACAAUAGAUCCUCGAGCAAUGCUCUCCAACUCUGCACUACAUCUGGUUUCAGUAGCGAUCUAAAGCUCGUGUUCGAAUCCGAUUUCACUGUCAAUGACAUAAAGGCCAUGUGUGACUAUUCGUCCACAUUCAUUCGUUUACAAGACGGCUACAACAAAACCUGCAUAAAGUAUGAAACAACAGAGAGACAAAGUUGUUGCCCUGAUAUUUCUAUCGGCAAUGUUAUUGCAUCCAUAAGCAAUCGACCAUCGUGUAUGAAUGUGACUGAAUCCGAUGUGACAGCGAUGAAGGCUCGAUUAUUGCAGUGUGCACCUUGGUAUGCCAAUCGCACGUUGAUAUCAAACUGUGCAGAAAUACAGAAGCAGAAGCAGGAUGGUGCGAUGCGUUCUCCGUGUCUUCAGGUGCCACAAGUUUGCACUGAAAAUAAUGCCGUCUAUAUCAUUCUUCACUACUUGACGGACGUCGAGUUUGUUGAAAGUCUUGCACAAGUUUGUGUGUCAUCAGUGAGCAAAAGCUGUGGCCGUGAUUCUCUAGAUUGGUUUCCGCCUCUUCGUUAUGGUCUUCUGCUGUUACAAGGAUAUACGAGGGAUUCUGAUCGGAGGUGGCUUGUCAAGUUGUAUCACAAUCAUUUGGCAUCGACUGAACAUCAUAUGGGAGUUACCGUUGCCGGCUCCGAUCUUUACAUCGACGUUUUGAUCUUUCACGAACGUCUCAUAUCGGAGACUAUGUUUCCUUCGAUCUCUAUUGUUUUCAUAUUUGUUAUCAUGUGGGUUUAUACAGGCUCAUUGUUUGUUACAUCAAUGGCAUGUCUGGCCAUCGUUUCAUCUAUUGUUAUUACGUAUUUUCUCUACAUGGUCGUGUUUCGCGAUUUGGCAUUCGGAUUUCUUAAUAUGCUGGCACUUAUUAUUGUCAUCGGUGUCGGUGCCGAUGAUGUAUUUGUGUAUCUUGAUGUGUGGAAGCAAACUAAGAAGGCAAUGCCGACAGCGACGAUGACAGAAUGGGUGAAUAUCACUCUUCGUCAUGCAGCAUUGUCGAUGUUUGUCACAAGCUUUACGACGGCUAUCGCAUUCCUUGCCAACAUCAUCUCUCCAAUCACAGGGAUAAAGACGUUUGGCAUAUUCACAGCGAUUGCGAUUUUGAGUAACUAUGCUCUGAUGAUUACGUGGCUGCCAGCAAUUGUGGUGGUGUAUGAGCGUCAUCUGUCGUCUCUGUGCUGCCGGGUUUCAACACCAAGAGAUGAAGACAAACGAUUCUCGAUUCGGCGAUUGCCGGAUAUCACACGGAGUGCAUUCAAUGUAUUCUUUACACGAUACCUUGCAGUCAUUGUCGUGAAGCUGAGAUAUCUAUUUGUCGUUUUGCUUGGACUGCUUGCCAUCGGAAUGUCAAUUGUCGUGUUCUAUAAGCCACAACUGAACCUUCCAUCAUCGGCCAGAUUCCAGUUCUUUGUGAAAUCAGACCCUCUUUCGUCAUACAUCUUGAACUUGCAAGACCAUUUCUAUUUCGAGAAGGUAGAUGACUCGUCGGAUUCAACCCUGCCUUUGUACCUGUGGUGGGGUAUCCAACCCGAAGAUGCCGGCAAUCCGUUUAAUGCCGAUGACAAGCCUCUCAAGCUGGACUACAAGUGGCCGACGCCUUUCGAAAUUACAGAGGAAAUACAGCAGUGGUUCAUGGAUUUCUGUGAGGCAAUCGAACAGGAGGGAUUUUAUCGUGCCACUGUGACAUGUUUUGUGACCGAGUUCUUCCAUUGGCAGCAGGGAUUACGUGAAUCGGUGUCGUGUGAUGAUGAAAAAGGAAUUAUGCGGACAUGCUGUGAAGUCGUACUACCGACAAACUGGUCGACAUUGGCAUCUUGUUUGCAAUUGAUUCCACAGAACUCGAGCGAUAGCGAUCAUUACAGCAUCAAGUUUGAUCGUGCUGGCAACGUGCGUGCGGUCACGGCUAUGAUCAUCAGCGAUCAGACCUUUUCUCGGUCAUACGAAGCGAUGAAAUCGUUCUGGAGUGAAGUCGAGGACUUCAUGAUCAAGUGGGGCCAGACGGCUCCCGAUGGCCUGGGAAGAGGUUGGUUCAGCGGCGCAUUUGAAUUUAUGGAUCUACAGGGCAGUUUGUUUGAUGGCACUCUCGUGGCUAUGGGCGUGUCACUUGCUUGUUCGUUUGUGAUCUUGUUUCUCACGACUCUCAAUGUCGUUAUCAGCAUAUAUGCGAUUAUAUCCAUUGGUGGUGUUCUUGUGUCUACGGUUGGCACGUUAGUGCUAAUUGGUUGGGAGCUCGGAAUCUUUGAGUCCGUUACAAUAGCAAUCGCAGUCGGCCUUUCGGUCGAUUUUACUGUCCACUUUGGCGUGGCGUAUCGCUUGUGCCGCGACCAGCUCCGACAGCAGCGGGUUACCUAUGCAAUAACCCACAUUGGACCUGCUGUCACCAUGGCAGCAAUCACAACAGUCAUUGCAGGAUUGAUGAUGAUGCCUGCCACUAUACUAACAUACUUCCAGCUCGGUCUGUUUCUCAUCCUUGUGAUGACGUACAGUUGGAUAUUUGCGAAUUUCUGCUUUCUGCCAAUGUGUGCUAUCAUGGGACCGCAAUACAAAUUUGCUCAAGUGUCUUUGCCCGCGAAUCUCGAUUGUUAUGGAGAGUCAGCCCGAAGUCCCAAUGAUGUAUCAGGCGAACAGACUAAAAACAAUUCAAAUCAAAAUAUUUCAACAGAAUCCGAUGGCAAAACAAACGUCAUACUUGUGAGGGUGACCUCGGUAUAAAGAACAGUCACAUUAUCAUCUCAUAGACACUGUUUAUUUUAAUAACUAAUUGAUUGAUUAAUUAAUUAAUUCAUAGUGUAUCGACACACUGUCAGAUGUUGUUAUGUAUAUUUGAGUGGCUGGAGGUUAGUUGACAUAGAAUUUAUGUAUUCUGCAUGAAAGGUGGAGAAAUGAAAAAUAUGCAGAGUUUGAAUCCCAGCUGAACUUGGAUGAGUGAGUGACAGUAUUGAAAAUGUUUAAACAUCUAAUGUUUCGGGUAACGUUUGUUUCCUGUGUGUUUAUUGGACAAAUCCAACUUAAGUCUGUAAUAGACUUGGAAAUUC